AGCUGCCUCACCUAAGAUUUACGGUGGUUCCUGGGAUGAGACAAGCUCCCAGUGUCUCGGUGACAACAAGGUCUUUGACGAACAGCCGAGAGCUGCAGUUAGGGAGGGACAGGAGGCCUGUGGCAGGGGCCGCGAGCCCCUGAUUUUCCUCUUCGAAGGAGUUAGGCGCCUGGGGCCAUCAGCAUGCAGGAGCCAAGCGCGCCGUCCUUGAAGGGCUGCCCAGCUGACCUUGCUCCGCAUUCUCCGGAGAAAUCUCCGGGAGAGCGUGAGGACGCGGCCACGGCGGUGACUCAGUGCCCAGCGCGCCGCAUGCAAAUGUUCUCCUCCAGCAAGUCCAGCUCUGCAGCCGCGGCUUCCCUUUCCUGCCCCCUUUUUAAAUUCCACAAUUCAAACCCGGCGUUUUCCGCUCCACCCCUCCCCCUCUCCACCGCCCGCUAGUCGUUAGCCAGACCGUCCGGGUGUUUUGUUCCCCACCUCCCAUCCGCAGAACCGAAGGCCAACCUUCGUGCUCCUUCGCUGCGGGCCCGGGAUCGGACGUGGCCCGUGGGCGCAGGGCACAGCGCGGGGCGACCGCGAGCGGGAGCCCGACCGAAGGGGGCGGUGCGCGGCGCUUUUGGGCGCACCCGCGGACGGCGCUCAGGCCCCGCUCCCCAUUGGCCGCCACCUCCGCGGGAGGGGCCGCCCGGCGCUUGGGGCACCUGGCGUUGCCCCUCCGCGGGGAAAUCGGCGGAUGCCGGGCACUGGUGCCUGAGGUGAAGGCAUUCGGAAGGAAGGCCCGGGCCGCAGGCGAGCUCCCUGCAUUCAGCCCUCCCCUGCUCGCGGCCCCGGCGCCGGCGACGCUCGGAUGCCCCCUACGCCUGCCGCGCCAGCCGGAAACUUUGCCCCAAGAAGUCCCCAUCCUUCUGACCGCGCCAAGAGGCGCCUAGUCGGCCGUGUGCCCCGCGGGGCCCCGGAGCCCCGCGCGUGAUUGCGGGGACCCCUGGCGCCUGCCGCGCCCCGCCGCGCGCAAGCUGCUGCAAGAAUGCGCUACUCGGACCCCUCUGCGAACAGGGAUUUGUUGGGGAACCGAACUUUGCUCUUCAUCUUCAUCUGCGCCUUUGCCUUGGUGACUUUGCUGCAACAGAUCUUGUAUGGCAGGAACUACAUUAAGAGAGGCCUCCAGUUUGGUUGGCAGAGUGGCGACCAGCUGGCCAAUUGGACGGGACUCUUAAAUGUCACGGACGUCCCAGAGUCACCCAGCGGCAGUGACUCCAGCUCCAGGUACUUUGAAUUUUACGAGGGCCCUUUAGAAUAUAACUCCACGAGAUGCCUGGAGCUGAGGAACGAAAUCUUGGAGGUGAAGGUGCUGUCCAUACUCUUCGUCCUCCGUUCUCCAAGGGUGAAGCAGUCGGAGCUGUUCGACAGGUGGAGGAGCCUGCAGAUGUGCAAAUGGGCGAUGAACAUCUCCGAAGCCAACCAGUUCAAGUCCACUCUGUCCAGGUGCUGCAACGCCCCCUCCUUCCUCUUCACCACCCAGAAGAACACCCCCCUGGGGACAAAGCUCAAGUAUGAGGUGGACACCAGCGGCAUCUACCACAUCAACCAGGAGAUCUUUCGCAUGUUUCCCAAGGACAUGCCCUACAACCGGUCGCAGUUUAAGAAGUGUGCGGUGGUGGGCAACGGAGGCAUCCUGAAGAACAGCCGCUGUGGGAGGGAGAUUAACAGCGCGGACUUUGUCUUCCGGUGCAACCUGCCCCCCAUCUCAGAGAAGUACACCGUGGAUGUGGGGGUGAAGACGGACGUGGUCACUGUGAACCCCAGCAUCAUUACAGACAGGUUCCACAAGCUGGAAAAGUGGCGGCGGCCCUUCUACCGCGUGCUGCAGGUGUACGAGAAUGCGUCGGUGCUGCUGCCGGCCUUUUACAACACGCGCAACACCGACGUAUCCAUCCGCGUCAAGUACGUGCUGGACGACUUCCAGUCGCCGCAGGCCGUCUACUACUUCCACCCGCAGUACCUGGUCAACGUGUCGCGCUACUGGCUCAGCCUGGGCGUGCGCGCCAAGCGCAUCAGCACGGGCCUCAUCCUGGCCACCGCGGCGCUGGAGCUCUGCGAGGAGGUGCACCUGUUCGGCUUCUGGGCGUUCCCCAUGAACCCUUCGGGCCUCUACAUCACUCACCACUAUUAUGACAACGUCAAGCCCCGUCCAGGCUUUCACGCCAUGCCCUCCGAGAUCUUCAACUUCCUGCACCUGCACAGCCGAGGCAUCCUCCGUGUGCACACGGGCACCUGCAGCUGCUGCUGAGGGAGCCCUGGCUGCCUGCCGAGCCCAGCCCCCAGAACCUGGCUCCUCCUCUCUCUCCUGUGCGGGGCAAGGCAGUGGGAAGGCUGGCUGAAAGGCUGUUACUCCCUCGGUAGUUCGGCUUCAUGCUUGGGACCUGUGGGCUCGGAGGCAGGGAUGGGGUACCGGGCAGAGUCGGCUCUGUGCUAGGCAUCCUGGGCUCCAGUGUGGGCCCCGGGUAUCUGCCUUGCCUCCUGUAGCAUGCCGCUGGGGCCCACCUCACGGUCCGGGCCCUGGGGGCUGCCAGUGAAUAAAGCACAUUUCCACUCAA